UCUGUAAGAAUGGUUUCCCGGUGUACACACUUAUUGAGAAACAGAAAACAGUUGGUGAGAUGAUGUGUCCGAAGCCGCAAAAUCAUCACCUCAUUGGAUGUUCCGGAACCUCAUUUGUUUGGGAUGGUUUGGAUGUUUAACAUCAUUGUUCUCCUGGUGUAAAAUAAGUAAAUUGAUGACGUUUUCAAAGUUACUGGAUCCGACUGCAUGCCACAUGUUUUGAUCAUCAAACAAACAUGUCAUGAUGAUGCUGGCUGUUGUGGUAGAUGUUAGCUGAUGUCAGGUGAUCCGUCCCACAAACAUUUUUAACAAAAGUAGAAACAUUCUGCUUUCUGUUCUUGAGAUAAUGGACAUUUGAAACCGGAUUUGUUAUUUUUGCUGUCUCCAUAAUGCUCAUGUAUCUUUGGCGAUGUUUGUGCUGUCUGCCUAUAUUGUUUACAAAGCCCAAAUUGUAGCUUACUUUAAAUUGAUGACUUUGGCUGAAUAAUGAAGAACACCGAAUAGACGUAAAGGUUGACUGCACAGCUUAAGGAUUUGUGGAUGAUAAACUUCAGUUAAAUACGAAACUUCACCCUUUGUCAUCAUGGCUCAAGCCGGCUACUCCAUUAAUUCAACAGCAGAUGACCAAUACAGCGACACAACACCACUUUUGGAAAAAGAAGUGGAAAUAAACCCAGUGCCUCCCAAAUGUUGCUCUGUACGAUGCAAUCUGGCUGCUAUGAUGUUCUUUGGCUUUGCCGUGGUCUAUGGCCUGCGGGUAAAUCUCAGUGUUGCCAUGGUUGCCAUGGUUAAUGGAACCAGUAACCAUUCGUCUCCUAGUAACAAUAUCUCAAAUGAAUGUCCAGUACCCAACCAUACACUUGACAACAGCAGCCAAAAUUCAGAACAGCCAGAUGGGGUUCCAAAUUACGCAUGGACUUCUGAGACACAGGGAUGGGUGCUGAGUGCUUUCUUUUUUGGAUAUCUGUUUACUCAGAUCCCGGGAGGGUACCUGUCCGGACACUUCGGUGGAAAGAUCUUUCUUGGUGGAGGUGUACUUGGAACAGCAGCCCUUACUCUUCUGACACCCCUGUCAGCACAGUUUGGAGCCAAAUGGCUUUUUGCCUUACGUGCUUUGGAAGGUUUUGGGGAGGGAGUGACAUUCCCUGCCAUGAUGGCUAUGUGGAGCCGAUGGGCUCCGCCAUUGGAGAGAGCCCGUCUCAUGACAUUCUCUGGUGCUGGAUCUAGUUUUGGUGCCUUUGUGGCUCUUCCUCUCACUGGCUUUAUCUGCCAAAGAUUUGGAUGGCCAGCAGUCUUCUACUCAUGUGGUGCUGUCGGUUGCCUUUGGGCUUUGUUUUGGUUUUUACUGGUGUCAGAUGAACCCAGAGCUCAUCCAAGAAUAAGUGACCAAGAGAAAGAUUACAUUAUAAACUCAGUUGGAGCACAGGGAACAGCACAUGGUUGGUCAGUUCCUGUACAAUCUAUGGCCGUCUCGCUGCCCCUUUGGGCCAUUAUCAUAUCUCAGAUGUGUUCCAACUGGUCGUAUUACACUCUGCUAACCUCCCUUCCUAUUUACAUGGAAACCAUUCUCCACUUUAAUUUACAGCAGAACUCGAUGCUCUCUGCUCUGCCCUAUCUGGGUGGCUGGGUCUCCGCAGUGGGGUCAGGUGUGCUGGCAGACAACCUUCUGGAGAGGGAGCUCCUGAGUGUCACAGCUGUCCGAAAGAUCUUCACUUUCAUUGGUCUGUUUUUGCCCGCACUUUUUCUGGUUGCUGUGGGUUUCUCUGGCUGCAGUGGUACUCUUGCAGUGACACUUCUCACUAUGUCUAGCACACUCGGAGGUGUCAGUGCUGCUGGUGUCUUCAUUAACCAGAUUGAUAUUGCUCCACGAUACGCAGGUAUGCUUCUAGGGAUCACAAAUACAUUUGGGACCAUCCCUGGUGUUCUUGCACCAAUCGUAGUAGGGUACUUGACCAAAGAUCAGUCGGUUGCGGGGUGGAGACAUGUGUUCUGGUUGUCUGGAGCAGUGAGUGCGUUCGGAGCCAUCGUCUUUGUGAUCUUUGGUACUGGAAAGAUUCAGAGCUGGGCGGGGAUAGAUGAGGAAUCAGAGACACAUAUACACAGUUAAAUGUUAGGCAUUCAAGAUUCAAUAAGGAAUCUGCUUUAUUUGAAUAAACAUACUCGAUUAUAUUCCAAGCACUUUUCAGUAUUUAUGUAUUCUGUUUAACUCAAGGCUUUUAAAGAAGGGAUUUUAUUUACUACUGUGGUAGUAUUCUAGUCAUUCCUAAUCACGUAAUAACACAUAAAUAUACAAUGGAAUUGACAAAUUGACUCAUAUCUUGUUAUACAAGGUGUACUUUUGUUUUGAAACUACCUUUUAAACAGCUUAAAUAUAUAUAAUCACGAUUAAUAGAAAGGACCAGACUCUUUUACUGAUUUACUCCAACGUGGUACAUACUUACUGGAGUAUUUUGCACAUUGAUUUUUCUUUUUUUCAAAGAGUCUGUUAGAAAGGGAACCGUUAUAUGUUUUAAAUGAUUAUUUCUUUAUAAAGGUUUUAUUGAAUUUGAAACCAAAUUAUUAUGGUUUUAAUAUUGAAAAUUGAAUUUUCCUCAAUGUAUUAUUACCUCAUUUUUAUAGCACUUUCUAAACUAAUAAAAUAAAUAUAUCAA